GAGAAACAAUGGGUGGUUAAAGCAGCGUUUGAUCGAAAAUCAAAGAAGGAAAAUAAAGAAAAAAGAAAUAGAAGAAGGAAUUGUGUGCGUGAGGUAAAACAUCAAACGUUACAGUGUGGCGGUGAGUCUACGUCACUUCAUACUCAUUCGUUUUCCGUUUAUUAGCACUCAAACGCACCUCUUCUCCUUCGUCUCUUCUCUUCUUCGUCGGUGGAGUUGGGUUUCGAGAUCCAAACCUCUUCCCAAUGAAGAACCUCUUCUCUUCCUCUUCCUCCUUCUUCUGCCUCCUCCUCACCGUCUUCGCCGCGUUCUCCGCCGUCAGAUCUGACUCCUCAGAUCACCGCUACAAACCAGGCGACAUCGUCCCUCUCUACGCCAACAAAGUUGGCCCCUUCCACAACCCUAGCGAAACCUACCGUUAUUUCGACCUUCCUUUCUGUCCUCCAGAUGAUUUGAAAGAAAAGAAGGAGGCGCUUGGGGAGGUGCUGAAUGGGGACCGUUUGGUUAGCGCGCCAUACGUUAUAGAAUUUCAACGUGACAAGGAGUCGGUUUCUGUUUGCAAUACUAAGCUUUCGAAAGAGGAUGUGGCGAGGUUCAGAUCCGCUGUCCGUAAGGACUACUACUUCCAGAUGUACUAUGACGACCUUCCGAUUUGGGGGUUCAUUGGGAAGGUGGACAAGGAGGGGAAGGACCCUAGUGACUAUAGGUAUUACCUGUAUAAGCACAUUCACUUUGAUGUGUUCUACAACAAGGACAGGGUCAUCGAGAUCAAUGUACGCACUGAUCCCAAUGCCCUCGUGGAUCUCACUGAGGAUGCUGAGGUGAAUGCGGAGUUUCUGUAUACCGUGAAGUGGAAGGAGACCAACACGCCCUUUGAGAAGAGGAUGGAUAAGUACUCACAGUCGUCAUCGUUGCCUCAUCAUUUGGAAAUCCACUGGUUCUCAAUUAUUAACUCAUGUGUCACGGUGCUGCUCUUGACUGGGUUCCUCACCACCAUUUUGAUGAGGGUGCUCAAGAACGAUUUUGUCAAGUAUGCACAUGAUGAGGAGACUGCAGAGGAUCAGGAAGAGACUGGCUGGAAAUAUAUCCACGGGGAUGUGUUUAGGUUUCCCAAGUUUAAGUCUGUAUUCGCAGCUGCGCUUGGAUCAGGCACUCAGUUGUUUACCCUUACUGUGUUCAUAUUCAUAUUGGCACUUGUUGGUGUGUUUUAUCCGUACAAUCGAGGGGCGUUAUUUACUGCACUCGUUGUCAUAUAUGCACUUACUUCCGGGAUUGCUGGGUAUACCGCAACUUCAUUCUAUUGUCAGCUGGAAGGAACAAACUGGGUUAGGAAUCUGCUGUUGACUGGAUGCCUUUUCUGUGGUCCUCUGUUUCUGACGUUCUGCUUUUUGAACACUGUGGCAAUUGCUUACAAGGCUACUGCUGCCCUCCCGUUUGGGACAAUUGUGGUUAUAGUUCUCAUAUGGACACUUGUUACGUCUCCUUUGCUUGUAUUGGGAGGGAUUGCUGGGAAGAACAGCAAGGCUGAAUUUCAAGCUCCUGUUCGCACAACUAAAUAUCCAAGGGAGAUUCCACCUCUGCCAUGGUAUCGUGGAUCAAUUCCUCAGAUGGCGAUGGCAGGAUUUUUGCCUUUUAGUGCCAUAUACAUUGAACUUUACUAUAUAUUUGCCAGUGUUUGGGGCCACAGAAUUUAUACCAUCUACAGCAUCCUGUUCAUUGUCUUCAUCAUUCUCUUGAUUGUUACUGCUUUCAUUACUGUGGCAUUGACAUACUUCCAGCUUGCAGCUGAGGAUCACGAGUGGUGGUGGAGAUCAUUCCUAUGUGGUGGUUCAACUGGGUUAUUUAUCUAUGCCUACUGUCUGUAUUACUACUACGCACGCUCCGACAUGUCUGGAUUCAUGCAGACCUCAUUUUUUUUCGGAUACAUGGCCUGCAUAUGCUAUGGUUUCUUCUUGAUGCUGGGAACUGUAGGAUUCCGUGCUGCAUUGCUCUUUGUCCGUCACAUUUAUCGAUCCAUCAAGUGUGAGUAGGCAUUUUGUCCUCUCGAGUCCACUAGAGCUAUUGUCUUCAUUUCAUAGGGCAUUCUGUAGAAAAUUAUAGUAAUUUUGCAGUUCUUUUGUGUACUAUAAGGGAAGCUGGGUUGGGGGUGGGUUUCUAGCUUCCAGAGCAACUUGUUAGAUGGCAAAGGGUGCUUUUGGGGAUAACGUCUGUGUACUACCGUAUCUUUAACCAAACUAUUGCAAUACUUUUUGGUCCUUUUAAA